GCAGGCCCAAAUAUGGCACUGUUUAGCUUCCUUUGCGGUCUUAAAGUAGUUAACCGACAUAAACUCAUCAAAUAAUAUAAUUCAGUUUGUUUUUGGUAUUCAUAUGAUCACAUGCAUCCUUUGAAGCAUAUUUCUAUACUUAGUUGCCUUCUCUGUCCACAACUCAAUGGUGCCGUCAAAGAAGUUCAGAGGUGUCAGGCAACGUCACUGGGGAUCUUGGGUUUCUGAAAUUCGCCAUCCCUUACUGAAAAGGAGAGUGUGGCUAGGUACAUUUGACACAGCAGAAGAGGCAGCAAGAGCAUAUGAUGAAGCAGCCAUUUUAAUGAGUGGCAGAAAUGCAAAGACGAACUUCCCAUUAAAUCAUGAUCAUCAAAAUUCUGAUGGAGAAACAAACACUAGUAAUGAUCAAAAAUCACCAACGAAAUCGAUAUCCCCAAAACCCUUAUCCGAAAUUCUUCGAUCCAAACUCCGAAAAUGCAACAAGGCACCAUCUCCAUCUCUCACUUGUUUGAGGCUGGACGUUGAGAAUUCCGGCAUAGGAGUGUGGCAAAAGCGUGCUGGUCCAUCAUCAGAUUCAAAAUGGGUAAUGAGGGUCGAGUUUGAUCAGAAUAAAGAGAAAUAUUCAAAAUCUGCAGAAGAUCAAGAAUUUAAUUCUUCGUCUAAGUCCCCAGUACUGCAGUUUCACGGUUCGACCAUGAGAAGUGGAAUGGAAGAAGAGCAGAGAAUUGCACUGCAAAUGAUUGAAGAACUUCUUCAAACAUGAACAGUUUCCAGAAGGUUUGUGCAUUUGGGGAGGACAGAAAAAAUAAAGUAAGAAUUAUAUUCCAGUAUUGAAAAAUAAAACUGAAAUAUAUUUGGAGGAAUUAUCCAUGGAAAAUAAUAUACAAAGAGUCAAAUAAAAAAAA